AUGUUACACAUUGUACUAUUCAUUACUUUUGCUUUUGCAAAUGAAUCAUUAGUCUUUACUGCAUUAACAGAUGAUAAUGGUGAUGCCGUUGGUUUCAUAGCAAUAGAGUUCGGUAAGUGUUAUUAUUACAAAAAUAAUGCAUCUGGAUAUUUUACUCAUGAUGGUGAUAAGAUUAAAGUCAAGCUAUACGAGAAUUCUUCCUCAUGCUCUGGUGUUGGAAUAGAACAAACUACUAAUGUAAACGACGAUAAUUUGAAAAAUUACUGUGAAGAUGCAAACAGUUGUUCUGUUGAGAUAAAACAACCACCAAAAUAUAUUGGAUCCCAUAGCAUAGUAGAUGAUGAUGAGAAUUGUACACAUAGUGAUAACACAAUUAGAGCAUAUUAUACAGAUAAAUGUUAUAGAUGUAAUAAAAACAAUGGUCAAUAUUGUAAUUAUAUUCAUGAAAGUGGGUAUGUAUGGGAAAGUGUUUAUCCAAACAAUAAAUGUGAACUCGAUGAAAGAAUAUCACGAACACCUCAAUGGAAGUGUGACGUUUGUAAUGAUGGUUUUAUAUUCCAAUGUGGGGAAAUGUCAACAUUUGUCAUUCCUGUUCUUAUUCUUCUUUCAUUCUUCCUUUAA